UUUUAUAAAUUCUUAUUUUCUUUUACGAAAUUUAAGGAAAUUCUGAAGCCGAUCUAUUGCCUAAAUAAAGGAAAAACUGCAAUAAUUCUCGUAUUUAAAGUAAUUUCUAUUUUUGCUUUACUGUACAAGGCCAUCAGGUUAUUAUGUUACUCAACAAAACCAGGUUGGUGGGUUACACGAAUCUGUCUCGGAAGAGCAAUAUGGAGGGUAACCCCACGUCAGAUAUCGUUAUCCUGAGCGGUAAUUCGCACCCGGAGCUCGCCGAUCUCAUCGCUAACCGCUUGGGUGUUCGCAAGGGAGGAUGUUCAGUGUAUCAUAAGACCAAUAGAGAGACCAUAGUAGAGAUUGGAGAUUCAAUCCGUGGAAAGAACAUCUACAUAGUGCAAACUGGGACUAAAGAUGUCAACAACAAUAUAAUGGAACUCUUGAUCAUGGCUUAUGCCUGCAAAACCUCUUCAGCCCGAUCCAUUGUCGGAGUUAUUCCAUACCUUCCCUACAGCAAACAGUGCAAGAUGAGGAAACGCGGCUGCAUUGUAACCAAGCUGCUCGCCAAAAUGAUGUGCAAGUCUGGUCUGACUCACAUUAUAACCAUGGAUCUGCAUCAGAAGGAAAUUCAGGGCUUUUACGAGUGCCCAGUUGAUAAUUUGAGGGCAUCACCUUUCUUGCUCCAGUACAUUCAAGAGAGUAUUCCAGACUACCGCAACUCUGUAAUAGUGGCUCGCAACCCCGGGUCCGCUAAGAAGGCGACAUCCUAUGCAGAGCGGCUUCGUCUUGCCAUUGCAGUCAUACAUGGCGAGCAAAAAGAGGCAGAGAGUGACGAAGUGGAUGGACGAUAUUCGCCACCGUGUUUACAGAGCGUGGACAGGUCGCGUACAAUGGACGUGAGCGUGGGUGUGCCCGUGCACCCGGCCAAGGAGAAGCCUCCCAUCAACGUGGUUGGCGACGUCGGCGGCAGAAUAGCCAUCAUGGUGGAUGAUAUGAUCGACGACGUGGCAUCAUUCGUAGCCGCAGCCGAGGUCCUCAAAGAGUGCGGCGCAUACAAAAUCUACGUCCUGGCCACACACGGCCUCCUCUCGUCCGACGCGCCCCGCCUCAUCGAGGACUCGCCCAUCGACGAGGUGGUCGUCACCAACACCGUCCCACACGAGCUCCAGAAGAUGCAAUGCCACAAGAUCAAAACCAUCGACAUAUCCGUUCUCAUCAGCGAAGCCAUCCGUCGCAUCCACAACAAGGAAUCCAUGUCGUACCUAUUCAAAAAUGUCACCCUCGAAGACUAAUUUUUAUAUUCCAUAUCAUUAAGUAUUAUUUUUUAAAGUAUUGUGUCCUUAUUUAGAUUGUGUCAUCGAUAUAACUCCAAUUUGUAUUAUACGGAAGAGUAUUGUAGAGGUGUAUUUUUAUAGAGCUAAUAUCAGUCGAAUAUAAGCUACAUUUUGUCGUGUAUUAAUUUUUGAAUUUUACUGUAUUAUCAUUUCUAGCGGAAGCAG